AUGACAAGCGAUAUCGAGCUUGAGCGGCUACGAGGCUCUCUCGUCAGCCCGCCCAGCACAUCGGCCUGGAGUCAACAGAUCCACCGGCGCAUCCGGCGGGCACACAACUAUCACACGGAACAGAACCUGCACAUCAACCGUCUGAUCCAGGUAGCCGAAGACCCAACGGCCGCGCGGCUGCUGGAUGAUGAGCCGGAUACAUCGUCUCUGCACGUCAAGGCAGCCAUUAACACCUCCAUCUACGGUACCAUCCUCGUCGCCGCGCUGCAGAUCUACGCUGCAGCGACGACCCGGUCCCUGUCCCUCUUCGUGACUAUGGCGGAGAGCUGCUGCGAGGCCGUCAGCAACAUUGGUCUCGACUACCUGCACCGGAAGGCGCGGAAGCUCAACCACUCGACGCAGUGGCCCGCCGGCGCGGGCCGGCUCUGCAACGCCGGCAACAUCUGCUUUGCCUUUGCGCUGAUGGCCGUCUCGCUCGUCCUGGUCGUCGAGUCGAUCAGGUCACUGGCGGGUAGCGACCACGAGCUGGGCAAGUUCGACGUGGCCGCGGUCAUCGCGGCGGCGUGCGGAUUCGGCAUCAAGCUGUUCCUCGCCGUCUACUGCUUCAUCUUCCGCAAGCACAGCAGUCAGCUGCAAAUGCUGUGGGAGGACAACCGCAACGACUGCUUCGAAUACGGAUUCGCCAUCUUCACGUCGGCCGCGGGCGCGAAGCUGAAGUGGUGGGUCGAUCUGGCCGGGGCCCUGCUCAUAGGCCUGGUUAUCAUCGUCACCUGGAUUGGCACCGUCCGGGGCGAGUUUCUGGAGCUGUGCGGCCUCGGCGCUUCGCCGAACUUGGUACAGGAGGUCGUCUUCUUGACGUUGCGUCAUUCCGAUUUGAUUCUCCAGGUAGACUCGGUCCAUGCAUAUCACUGGGGCGAGGAGUUGUUCGUCGAGGUGGACAUCGUUAUGGCACCUGAGCUCAGUUUGCGCGAGGUCCAUGAUGUCGCGCAAGAGCUGCAGGAUAAGCUCGAGUCAGUCGAGGGUUUCGCUCGAGCGUUUGUUCAUGUUGACUACGAAACGUCGCAUAUGCCCGAGCAUCGCAAAACUCGCUGA